AUGGCAUCUUCAGGUUCAAGAAGAGAAGAGCAGGAUUGUUCCGCGACAACACCUCCUCCAAAGAGCUCGUGGAAAUCACGGCUUCAAAGACAGCGCUUGCGCAUACAUGGCCGCCUCUCUGCCCUUCAUGCCAGCAUACCAUAUCUUCGAAAACUACCCCUCCCGGUCAUCUUGAUUGUCACGUUGCUCAUCGUGGUCAACCUCGUGGUCUGGGCAAUAUGCGGCCUGAUCCUGUCUACACACACCCAUCUUCUCUCCACGGCCGCCUUGGCUUACACGCUAGGUCUCCGACAUGCGCUGGACGCCGACCACAUUUCUGCCAUCGACCUGAUGACCCGCCGGCUCAUAGCUACGGGCCAGAGACCAGUGACGGUAGGGACCUUCUUCAGCCUGGGCCACAGCACCAUCGUCGUCAUAACCUCGAUCGUCGUCGCAGCCACGGCGGCAGGCAUCGCCGGACGCUUCGACAGCUUCGGCACCGUCGGUGGCAUCAUCGGCACUUCUGUCUCGGCGGCGUUCUUGAUCCUCCUGGGCAUCAUGAACGCCUACAUUCUGUACAAGCUGGUCGUGCAGAUCAGGAAGGUCAUCCGCCUGCGGCCGGAGCAGGAGGCCGCAGAGGCCUGGAAGAUCGAGGGCGGCGGCUGUCUCUUCCGAGUGCUGAAGAAGAUGUUCAAGCUCAUCGACCGACCGUGGAAGAUGUAUCCUCUGGGCGUCCUCUUUGGCAUGGGCUUUGACACGAGCUCCGAGAUCGCCCUCCUGGGCAUCAGCAGCAUCCAGGGGGCAAAAGGCACUAGCAUCUGGCUGAUCCUCAUCUUUCCCGUCCUGUUCACGGCGGGCAUGUGCCUCGUCGACACGAUAGACGGCGCGCUGAUGAUGAGUCUGUACGUUGCCCCGAUGGGCAUGGGCCUGGACGAGACGAGCAAGAAGGACCGCUCAGGGGAAGAGGUCACUCGGCACGGAGUUCCAGAGCAAAUCCUCACGACGCCGGACGACCCGCUGAUUCUCACAGACGUGGAACAAUCAGGUCACACGCGGCCAGCGACAUCAGAACAGCCUUACCAACAAGAUGACCCUGCUACAACCACGACAGCAACAACAACGGCACGCGUGAAGAAUCCCCUCACCUUCCUGUACUAUUCGAUCGUGCUGACCACACUGACCGUGCUAUGCGCCAUCAUCAUCGGCAUGCUGCAGCUGCUCUCGCUGAUCCUCAAUGUCGCCUCCCCCAAAGGCGCCUUCUGGGACGGCGUCGCCAAGGCCGGCGAUCUGUACGAGGUCAUCGGCGGCGCCAUCUGCGGCAGCUUCGUCGUCGUCGGCGGCAUCAGCGUGCUGUGCUACCGGCCUUGGAGGAGGUGGGUUGACCGGGAGAGGGCGCGCCUCAGGGUUGCAGCUGGCGAUGAUGAUGACGAUGACGAUAACGACGACAUUGCACGGCGCGCUCAAAGGCCCACGCAUGGUUCUCUAGGGAGAGAAGAGGACGAUCUCGAGCAGGGUGCCGUCUUCGUCCGCGAGGCAGAGCUGGUCCACGUAGAGGGCAAGACUGCACUCGCCCACCGAGACAGAGUGGGCGGCAAGCCGUUCGAUUCCGGCUCUGCUGAUUCGACAGCGCCUGGGCACCCAAGUGGCAGCGGAGCAGGUUCGUCGUAG